AUGUACGCCCUCGCCCUGUCCGCCCUCUUGCCCCUCGCCUCAGCCGGCCUCAUCAAGCGCUGCACGCCAAUCUCCGACCCCGACGUCGCGGGCGGCGUCAUCCCCCCCGCGCCCUGCUGGUUGACCUUCAACGCGGCCUGCGAGCGCUACAUCGCGCCCGACACGGAACUCACGAUCGACGAGACGCACAAUCUCAUUGUCGUGCACGGUAUUUCGGAGGAAUGCGUCGCCGACAUUGAGGAGGAGCACGCGCGCGAGGAAGACGGACGCAAGACCUUUGGAUGGACCGAGGAGCACGGCAAGCUGCACCCGAUCGGCGACGGCAUUCUCGUCAUCUCGGGCGUCGCCGACGAGACGAUCCAGCAGUACCAGUCGCUGACCCUCGAGGGAGAGGCGCCCGCUGCGCCUGAGGGCGAGGCGCCCGCCGAGGCUGCGGAGCCUGUUGUCGGCCAGGGAGAGCCCGAGGGUGAGGCCGCUGCUGCUGCUGCCCCUCCCGCCCCUGCCAUGUGA